GUAAUAAGAUUCGCUAUCGGCCACCACCUUACAUUACAAGUUACAAGAAGUAAAAGCCACGAUCGUACACUAGUUGUGCUGCAAUUUGGGUUCAUGGAGUUAAGUAAUAAUAUAUAGCUUUAGAAGAAUCAUCUCUCAGUUCUAGCAUGAGAUAGGACUUGCUGGUGGUCAUUCCAAUCUCAGGCACAUGUAACUGACUCUUUCUCUUGAUCAAAUUUGGGCACCUACUACCUGAUUUCCAAUCCUUGCAUUUAUACUUGAAGAUAAACAUAAUAAGGACCAAAUAUUUUGGCAGUGUAUAAUGCAACUGUGAUUCGAAUGUAGUAGCCAUGGUUCUUUUUCCAUCUCUUGUCAAUGGAUUGGCAAGAACAGUGUCGUUGAAGAAAGACAAGAGUUGUAGAAAGGAUGGUGGAAGGAAAGCUGUGGAAGCAUUGGCAAAGGAAGCAAAGAAAAAUGAACUGUUAUUGACUUCAUCUGGAAUUGUUAAGUCUCCCAAGGCCAACAAUGUUGCCUCUGUGUUCACUAAGAAGGGCCAGAAAGGAUUCAAUCAGGACAAACUUAUUGUUUGGGAGGAAUUUGGUUGCCAAGAAGACAUCAUCUUCUGCGGAGUUUUUGAUGGGCAUGGCCAUUGGGGGCACUUGGUAUCCAAAAGAGUCAGGAAACUACUACCUUCUCUUUUGCUGUGCAACUGGCAGGAAAAUCUGGCUGCAACAUCACUUGACCUGGAUUUUAAGAUGGAAGCAGACAGGAACCUCCAUAGAUUUGACAUAUGGAAGCAGUCCUACAUAAGCACUUGUGCUGCCAUUGACCAAGAUCUAAAGCAGCAUGCUGGGAUUGAUUCCUUUCAAAGUGGUACUACAGCUUUGACAAUUAUCAAACAGGGUGAACAUCUCACUAUAGCAAAUGUUGGUGAUUCUAGGGCUGUCUUGGCAACCACUUCAGAGGAUGGCACCUUGACUUCUGUUCAGCUUACCACUGACUUGAAGCCAAAUUUACCAAAGGAGGCAGAGCGCAUAAUGCAAUCUAGAGGGAGAGUAUUUUGUAUGGAAGAUGAACCAGGAGUGUACAGGGUUUGGAUGCCAAAUGGUAAGACCCCAGGACUAGCAAUAUCUAGAGCAUUUGGUGACUACUGUUUAAAGGACUUCGGACUAAUCUCUGUACCAGAUGUUACACAAAGAAAACUAACCACCAGGGAUGAAUUUGUCAUCUUGGCAACAGAUGGGGUAUGGGAUGUAAUUUCCAACGAAGAAGCAGUGAGAAUUGUUGGUUCAACACCAGAUAAGGAAAAGGCAGCUGAAAGAGUGGUGAAAUGUGCCAUGCAUGAGUGGAAACGUAAAAGAAGAGGCAUUGCUAUUGAUGAUAUAUCCGCUAUUUGCCUCUUUUUUCACUCUCACCCUUCUCUUCACUAAAAUUGUCCAAUAACAAUGGUGUGUGAUUAAACCACUCAUUGCUGCUUCUUUAUGGCACAAAUUAAAUACUUCUGUA